GGCUAUGAGCAUUGAAUGUACUCACUCACUUACUCUCGUUCUAAAAAUAAACUAGAUAAGCAUUUAAUCAUCUGGAGAAAACUGGCACAGGCGAUGAUGAAUUCUUCUUUACACGGAGAGGUUGAGGCAGAUGUGGAGAUUAGAGCUCCGGCCAAGAAAUUCUUUCACAUGUUCGCAGUGAGACCACAAGAUGUUUCUAAAGCCUCUCCUGAAACCGUCCAGGGAUGUCGUGUGCAAGGGGGAGAGAUGGGAAGAGUUGGCACUCUCAUCACUUGGAACUAUGUUCUUGAUGGGAAACCAAAUGUGGCCAAGGAGAGGAUCGAGGCAGUGGAUCCGAAGAAGAACAUGAUAAAGCUGAAAGUGAUAGAGGGAGAUGUUACGGAAGAGUUCAAGAGCUUUUUAAUAACGAUCCAGGUGACUCCAAAGAAAGAAGGACCUGGAGGCGUGGUGAAAUUGAAAAUGACAUAUGAGAGGAUUGAUGAAAACGUGGCUCACCCAGAGACUUUGCUCCAAACUGGUAUUGAAUUGUUCAAAGACAUUGACGAAAUGCUUCUGCUUGAGGAGUAGAUACUCGCCGAAUAUCUCUAUAAUAUGUAUCUAUCUUUAUGUAUCUGGGUGGUCUGUAUCAAAUAAUGCUCUCUCUAGAUCUAAAGAGAUGUGAGUGAUAUGAAAGUGUGUUAUCAUUAAUAUCUAUCAAGUUAUAUAUCAGUAUUAUGUUUUUGGGUG